AUGACGUCGGAGGCGCUGAGUGUCGAAACACUAUCGUGCCUUUCAAUCCAUCCCGACCCAAACGAUCUAGAUAUGCGAAAGGGUUUGCGUGCGCUUCUACCUAUGGACUUUGUUGAUCUGAAGGCGCCGGUAGAAGCUCCUGUGGAAGACAAUGUCGUGAUGGAAGGUAUGCGCCAAGUUGAGGGUCUUUCGCAAAUCCUUGUCACAGAGGCUAGUCGCUCCCUUCUUCGAGAGCUUCAAGUGGAUCAUAUUUCAAGUGCGCCCUUGGAUUGGCGUCGAUCUCAUACGCGACGACAGUACCUGAUAUCUCUGGGCGUCCCUAUCAAUUUGGACGAAGUGCAUGGGUCAGGGUGGGCGUCAAAAGAAACAUUGCCGCCCCUGGAGCUGAAACUCACGCCAUCGGCGAAGGAAGCACAGCCUACUCCCUCAGCAGAAGGCAGUACCUCGACCUCUGAUGAGACACGCACGCCGCCCGUCACGCAACACGAGUCAUGGGGCGAUCGACGUCGUCGUGAAUUGGGCCUCACAGAGCCUCACGUACCCAUGCACCGCAUUGAAGCCGUGUUACAGCUCUCCGAGGACGAUAUCAAAUUGCAAACGCUGCCGGAGCUUCGUGAGCUUGUGAAAGAGAUGCAGGUCCUCUCUACCCAGUUAGGGGAGGCUUUGCAAUACCAUUUGACUAUACGCGAGGCUUUUGCCUCCGAUAGCGAAGUCUUUAAUGGCAUGAUUCGCGAUUUGGUCGCAGGCGCGUCUAACAAGAUCUCAGAGAAAAUGAAGGCAGAGAAACGCAGUUUCAUUAGCCGCGCGACGAAGCGCAGCACCAUGAGUGAAAGCUCGUCACGUCCCAGCACGCCUGGAUCAAGAUAG